ACAGGAAACGUAGGUAUGUUAAUGUGUCUGUUCCUAUGAAGUUUUUACGCCAAAAUCAUGAUCACUGAAAGCAGGGAAUAUUACAAUCACCCAAGCUACUAUUAAACACCAACUACAUUGCUGAUAUCAAUACAGUCAACAGAAUUGGAAUGAUGCAUUCAAGCAGGACUGGAGGCAAUUAAGUCAUGGUGGCCAUUUAUCUGUGUGGUAUAGAAGGUUCAGCAAAAGCAACUUUGAUAAAAGAACUGUUGAAAACAAGAAAACUUAAAAAUGUACACCUCAUCCAAGACGCCCCAAGAAAUGGUGGAGUGCUAAAUGUUGAUUCAAGAGGAUCAUUAGAAGAUCUUGGUUCCUUCUAUAAUGCCUUACAAGUACAUAUAGAAAAACAGUGCCUUUUGGAAAGGAACCAUCGUGACCUUGGUGAUGUUGUUAUAUCUGAACGUAGUGUUUUAGACAUCCUAGUUCUUGCUCAUAUAAAGAUAAACCAAGAUGCUGCAAAUAGACUCAUGGAUAAUAAYCGCAGAAAAAUAGAAGAAGCUAUACACAGAUAUAAAAAGUGUCUUAUGGUGCUGGUAUCUCCUCUUCCUGGUGUCACAGAAGAUGAAACCAGAAUCAAUGCUGAAAGCCUGUAUAGUAAAUAUUUCCAACAGCAUCACAUUCCGUACCUGAACCUUUGUUAUAACGACCUUGUUGAUGGGAUCAGAGUGUUAUUGGAAGCUUUGCAGGGCAAGUUACCCUUACAAACAUCGUGUCUUUCUAAUUACAGCAAGAACAGGCCAUCUAAGACUGAAUGYAGCAUGAAUCUUUCUUUCUACCUGCCAAAACCCAACAAAGUGAGAUGCAUCAGCAUCCCAACAAUUACGAUUACAGAGCAUAAGAGUGAACAAGAAUGGAAAACCUUUGAACAGGACGAAUGCAAUAGGUUUAUUGCCAAGCAUGGUGCAGRUGAUCUCGUUAUCAUUGCUUUUCACGUUUCUGUCAAAUCUAAUGUGGURCAAAAGAUGCUUCUUGGUGGAAUCCUUGUUAAUGGAGAAAAGUAUUCAUUCCUUGGUUGCAGCUCUAGCGGACUGAAAAAAAGAAAAUGCUAUAUGCUAAAAGGCUCGAAGGAAAAAGCCAAUCAACUGAUUGCAGAGAAUGGUACCUUUGAUGAGAGAUCUGUUGCAAAAAGAAUGGCUAGAAUUGCUCUUUUGUUCUCGGCAGUACGUUUGACGAACGUCAAGGUAGGGAGUGAUGAGAUAAUUACAGAAGAUGAUAUAACAACCACUGACAACAAGAAGUGUUUUACUGACGGCUGUGGAAGUAUUGGUCAAGGACUUGCAACACAGUUAUUUAAUGAAGCAUCACGCCUGUCUGAAGAGGGAAAUUAUCUCCCUUCAGUGUAUCAAAUACGUUACCAAGGUUACAAAGGAGUUCUAGCCCUUGAACCGACUCUACCAAAUGAAUCCAUCAAGGUACGGCCAUCAAUGAAGAAAUUUGAAACUUCAGCCCAUGAUCGUAUUGGAGUGUGUGGAUUCUCCAGACCCCACACAUUUGGACACCUUAACAGACAAUACAUAAUGUUGCUGUCUGGUCUUGAAGUUCCUGACGAGGUUUUUAGAAAAAAGCAAAAGGAUCAUUUUGAUAUGGUAGAAAAAAUGACAGAAGACCCAGAAAAGGCAAUUACGAUUCUUCAAUGGCAAAACAAGUUUGAACUGGCACAACGACUAAUAAAAACUCGUGAGCGCUAUGGGCAAGUCGAUGAGGAAGUUCUGAAGGGCAUCCGUCAUACUCAGUCAAAACUUGUUUCAGUAUCUCACAAACUACGCAUUUUGAUACCAAAAUCCCGGAACAUAUAUGGUGUAUGUGAUCCAAGUGGCGUACUUGAAUAUGGACAGUGCUUCCUUCGUAUCACUGAAGGAAACAUUGGAAGCCCUAAAACAAUCAAGGGACAAGUGGUGGUUUCAAAAAAUCCUUGCUAUCUUCUGGGCGAUGUGAGAGUACUCACGGCCGUCGAUAAUGUAGAGCUCAAUCACUUAGUUGAUUGUAUUGUGUUUCCUGUACGGGGAAAGCGACCCCAUCCUGAUGAAAUAGCCGGCUCGGAUCUUGAUGGUGAUAUGUUUUUUAUCUCAUGGGAUUCGGAUCUUAUUCCUAGAGUAACCAAGACACCAUAUGACUAUGAAAGUGCUCAAGUGAAACCUCAAGGAAUCUCCUUCGAAAAAAUGGUCAAAUAUUUUGCUUGUCAAAACGAGACGCAUAAACUGACUGCACAAGUAGACGGGAACUACCGAGAGUGGGCUAACAUCAAAGGCGUACGUUCUGACGAAUGCAGAAGUCUGGGAAUGCUGUUUUCGAGAGUGAUAGAUUCCCCUAAAUCUGGAGAGACAUUUAAUAGUAAGGAUUUGAUGACGCCAAACAAGGAAAAUUAUCCUUCCAAGGAACUAAAGAAGUUCAUCUGGCAGGUUUUAGAUGAUGAGGCUGACAGCUUUAACAGGAGAAUGACAGAGCGUGUCCUAAGUGAGAAAGAUAGAUUUCCUGCUUCAUUUGUCGCUGAAGAGUUUGUGCUGUCCAUUGUCACUCAAGAGAUGUCAAACAUUAGUGAGUUUGAAAAAUUUCAAUUUGUUUGGAGUUACAUCAGUAAUAUUACCACAGAAACGGAGGAAAAAGUUGAGAUCUUUCUUAAUAAAUAUUCAGAUCAUCUCAACUACGCCUUGUUUUCAAAUCAAGAAAAACGUGAAGCCAUUGGUUUUGGUAUUCCUGCUGACAUCGUCACAAAUGCGUUGACAAAAUCCAUGUUACUGUCAAAAGAUGACUUGAGCGUCUUUGCAAUGAACUCCAAUCCCAACAAAUGGAAGUUCUACUUCAGAGAAGACCACGAGAAUUUCAAUUGGAUGUAUUUGCUCAAAGCCCUUACACAUCAUGACAAGUGUAUCCUCGUAAUAAGCCUACCAGAUGAAGUCACAAUAGUUCUGCAAUUCCUUACAAAACAAGAGCAACGUGAAGAACAAGAAGUCAUUCCAGGUACCRUUUCUGGAUACCUCUAUUCGAAGCGAUUUCAAUACCGUGAAAAGUAUGUCCUUGGACCUGAUUACACCAUGGACUUGACAGAAGACAGAUUGCAGUUAUAUCGUCAUCAAGAUAAACGGCAAACAUUUGUGUGGCUGAGAGCAACUGACCAAAGAAAAGGAAAACUGCAGCCAGGUGAUGAGGUGCUGAACUCUAUAAGUGUAGAUCUCAUAAGGUUCAAGAGACAAAUUCUAAACGGACCUCGCCGUCAUCCUCUCGUAAACAAGAUACCACUUGUUGCUAUCGAAGUAUUUGUGGAUAACAAUAGUCUGAUUGUUCCUUACUUUGAUACUAUUGAAGCCAAUGAUCUUGAACCUGUUGCUGAAACUGAAGAUCUGGAGGGAGAAGAAGACUAUGAAACCGAAAGAGACCUGAGUUUUAUGUUAUCUGAAGAGGGUUUAAAAGCCUUUGAAUCAUGCGAGACAGAGGAGAAUCUGAAAGCAUCAUUGAAAAGGACGAUUACAGAAGUAAAACCGCUGCUGUUUCAAAGGAUUGUUGAUGACUGGCAUAAAAGAACAGCCGAAAUUCCCUCGUGUGUGUCUGAGCUGGUCGUUUCUCUUCUGGAAAAUGUUGUCGCCUCUAGCUCACCGCAGCACCUUCCAGAACAAGUAACAGAGRCAAUAACGAAGAUACUGCUGGCCUGCGACUUCCACCAACCACUACAGAUAUUCAAAGUUGCUGCAUACCUAUCCAGAAUUCAUCUUGAAGAUAUUGCAGYUGAACGUCUUAUCCUUGAUAUCGACAAAUGCGCAAUAGACUUGUCUUGUUUUAUCAAUAUCUAUAGCAAGUGGGAAUACUGGUGGCAUAUCAAGGGAGACAUCGCCAAGCAAAGCAUCUUAAAGGUUGUGGGAACUGUUUCGUCCUGCCAGUUAUCAAAGGAAGAGACUUUAGAAGCAAGAAACAGAAUCAAGUAUCUUCUUCAUAUCGGCAACCUUCAUUUCCUUGAUUUUUUGCAAGAAAUCGAAACAGUUAAGGAAAGAAUGAAGCUUGAGAAAGCUGACUUCAGCAUCUGUAAUCUGAAACUCAAGGCUACUUCAAGAGAAGAUAAUGACUUUGUGACGUUCCAUCGUGCAGCAGCUCUUAGCCAUCGUCCAAGAAUUACACAAGGACAAUUUGUUGCAGUAUCAAGACAGGCAGAUUUCAAGAAAACGAGAAGCCACGAGUCGUGCUGUUGCUUUGCACAAGUCCAAACUAUUAGACUUGCUCCAUUAGCAAUCACUGCCAAGCUGUAUGGACAAGUCCCUGUUAUCAUUUCCGAUGAUUUAAAGUCUGAAGAUUCGCGGUUAUGGAAAAUAGACCUCAUCGCAAAUAUCACUACCUUCACCCGGGUGAUGAACGCUAUCAAGAGAAUGACAAUGGUGGAAGAUGUUUGGCUCUUGGAUGUACUAGGGAAUCCCGCAGGACACCCUARAGAUUGUCCACUUUUCAGUGAUGAAGCACAUAUGGAAAUCCCCGAUAGAGAAAUAACGCCUUCCAAUUUAGAGAUUUCAAGUAACCUAAACGAAAAGCAGAAAGAAGCAGUAAAAGCUGCUUUAGAGCAGAGGUUAACCUUGAUUCAAGGACCCCCAGGUACCGGCAAGACAACACUGGCCUGUGAAAUCGUCAAACAAGCUGAAAAACUGAAGAAAUGCAAGAAAAUCUUAGUUGUUGCGGAGACUAACGUAGCAGUCGACAACAUUGCGAAAAAAUUACGGAAAGACUUGCCACUAGAUAUYGUACGACUUGGAACAGAAGAAGGCGUCGAUCGUGAGGUAUUUGACAUAACUCUAGAUGGACAGCUGAAGCAACUGGAAGAGAAGGAAGCAAAGAAAGCUUCUUAUCGUGACGAGAAAGGAAUAAAUCACAGAAAGCCAAAGUUGGUGGAGCAAAUCCUAACCAACGCUAGUGUAUUUCUUACGACUUGUGCUGGAGCCGGUGACCCUCUUUUGGACUCUCAAACGUUUGAGUUUGUGUUAGUGGACGAAGCAACUCAAACCAAAGAAACUACAUUGCUAUGUAGCCUUGCUCAUGGGGUGAACCAACUGGUGAUGAUAGGCGAUCCGAAACAACUUGGACCAGUUACAGUCGGACAACGUGAUCAACAAACCUUUCAGACCUUGGUGGAUUCUCUUGAUGUCUCCGCAUUGUCCAAUACGCUAUUUCACAGGCUUUAUGGCGUAAUUCCUUUCAAAUUCCUAGAUACUCAGCACCGAAUGCAUCCAGAGCUCAUGAAAUUUCCUUCCCAAGCCUUCUAUGAUGGAAACUUAAAAUGUGGGCCUGUACCCUCUUGCCAUUUGCCAGCCGUUUUUAAAUGGCCUGAUCCUACGAAGCCAUUGUGCUUUAUAAAUGUUGAUUCAAAAGAAGRAAGAAGUGGAACUUCAUUUUCUAAUCGCGAAGAAGUGCGUAUUGUUCAAUCGGUUCUUGAUGCACUUAUGAAUGUCCCAGAAAACAAACAGGAGUUAAGACUCGACGUCACAGACAUUGGAAUUUUGACCCUAUAUCAAGGUCAAGCUAGACUGUUAAGUACCGAAGUAAAACCUAAAGUGGAAGUACGCACGGUUGAUGGAUUCCAAGGYCGCGAAAAAGAAGUUAUCAUAGUAAGUACUGUAAGGGCCAAUGAACGUGGAACUCUAGGCUUCCUUGAAAGUACCAACAGGUUAAAUGUUUUGCUGACUCGUGCRAAAAGAGGGCUUAUCGUCGUGGGUAAUGAAAGGACUCUAAAGAACUCACCAGAUUGGAACAAGUGGAUCGAACAUGCUCCUAAGCUCAGCCAAAAUUCUUUGGUGGAAGAUAGCUCUGAAUACCAAACUACUGGCUGUAAUAGAAGGCACGGGGGGGAAUUAAGCCCAGGACGGAGUUCUCCCAGAAACAGUCAAGGGGGCGGACAAAGCAAUUAGUCAGUCUCCAGAGGAGGAGGCACACGCACAACUCUAAGAGGUAGAGCCAGCCAUGGAGACGGACGAGGUACAUCCUCUACGUCAAGAGGUAGAGCCAGCCAUGGAGACGGACGAGGUACAUCCUCUACGUCAAGAGGUAGAGCCAGCCAUGGAGACGGACGAGGUACAUCCUCUACGUCAAGAGGUAGAGCCAGCCAUGGAGACGGACAAGGUGCUUUCUCUACGUCAAGAGGUAGAGGCAGCCAUGGAGACGGACAAGGUGCUUUCUCUACGUCAAGAGGUAGAGGCAGCCAUGAAGACGGACAAGGUUCAUCCUCUACGUCAAGAGGUAGAGGCAGCUGUGGACACGGACAAGGUCCAGCCUCUACGUCAAGAGGUAGAGCCAGMCAUGGAGAUAGACAAAGUACAUCCUCUUCGUCAAGAGGUAGAGCCAGCCAUGGAGACGGACAAGGUGCUUCCUCUGCGUCAAGAGGUAGAGCCAGCCAUGGACACGGACAAGGUGCUUCCUCUACGUCAAGAAGUAGAUUUAAACAUAGUUAAGUUUACGAUAAGAGGUAAAUACUAAACAACAAAAAACAACAA